AUGGCAGACUUACCCGUCUCAGAAAGCAAAGUGGCCUUUGAUGCGCCCAAUGCGGGAAAGCCGUCCACCACCUGGUACAAGGUCGUCGGCGACCUAGACAAAUCGUCAACCCCGGCCUUAAUUGUACUUCAUGGAGGACCCGGUGCGGGACAUGAGUACCUGGCUCCUUUUACGGAUCUAUACAAGCAGUACGGUAUUCCCAUCGUAUUCUAUGACCAGAUCGGGUGCGGGAGGUCCACUCACUUCCAAGAGAAGAUAAGGGAUGAUUCAUUCUGGACAGUCGACCUUUUUAUUGCCGAACUUGACAAUCUUGUUGACCACUUAGCAUUGCGCGAGAGGGGCUUCUUCGUCGCCGGCCAGAGUUGGGGCGGCAUGCUGGCAGGAUCGUAUGCAUCCCGGCGUCCUCAUGGCCUGAAGAAAUUGAUAGUCGCCGGCGCGCCUGCUAGCUUCCCGCUUUUCGUGGAAUACGGUAAAAAGCUGCGCGCCGCAUUGCCAACGGAUAUCCGUGAGAUACUAGAAGCCGGCGAUCGAGAUGGAAGCUACGAAACCUCAGAGUAUGAAAGGGCCAGCGCCUUCUUUUAUUCGCGGCAUGUCUGUUCGCUUGACCCUCUUCCCGAACCUGUAAAGCAGGCCUUCGUAAACUUGAAGGAUGACCCGACAUCUUACCAUACUAUGCAAGGACCCUCCGAGAUAGUCAUUGAUGGCAACCUCAAGGACUGGGAGGGUUGGAAGGAUGCCCAUAAUAUUCAGGUCGACACAUUGCUUUUGAACGGGAGAUAUGACGAGGUGGGGGAGCCAUGUGUAGAACCCUGGUUUAGGGUAAUCCCGAGGAUCAAGUGGGUAGUAUUCGAGAAAUCUAGCCAUAUGGCGCACUGGGAGGAGCGUGAACGAUUCAUGCAGGUGGUUGGUACGUUUCUUACAGGCUAUUAA